AGAAAGCGGACGCAAUGGCGCAUCUCCACCAGCAGGUAGCUGCCGUGGCGGUACUGGCGGGGCUCGUGGCGGCGGUCGGCGCGCAGGUGGGCCCUGCGCAGAGCUUCGCCCGGCCCGACAGGCUGGACGUCGACAGCGCCAUCGACGACGAGGCGCGCUUCCAGGAGGCCAUGCGCUGCAUCCUGCAGGGCGACGACUAUAAGUUCUGCGACCAUCACACCGUCGGCAUCAAAUAUGAUGGCUGGCGGAUGCUGGAACGCGGGUGCAGCGGUCCCUGCACGCCGGACGAACUGUCGGUGUACAGGUUCCUGGCACACGUGUCCCACAACAAGCCCGAGCAGUGGAAGCAGAUACUGGACAAGUUCGACCCCGACGGCAAGCUCAAGCAGAACAACAGCCAACAGUGGAGGGAGCACGGAAUUAAGGUGUAGCCCCUGCACUGCGACACAAACAAAGAGAAAAGAAUCUGUGCUGAACUGUACCUACACAAAAAAUAAAUAUUUAUUUAAAGAA